AAAUGCACAUAACAUUUUUUCUCAUUGAGACUUGAGGGACUCAACACGAGCCUUUAGCUAAAAACCUUAGCUAAAGACGGCCCCAAAAAACAAGACAUUAUUCACAAUGGCAACACCUAACUUUGAAUCGAGCCGAGCCCGAGCCGUGUGGCGGACUUGCCUCCUAUCAGCCCUUCGAACCGCCUUGGCUUGCACCAUAGUUGGUGUUGCAACCCUUUUCGGCCCACAAUAUAUCAAGAAGCAGAUAGCAUUACCAGCUUUUUCAUAUGUUACUGUUAUUCUUGUAGUUACUGAUGCAACUUUAGGUGAUACAUUUCGUGGUUGCUGGCUUGCAUUUUACGCCACCAUUCAGGGAGUUUGUCCCGCUAUCCUCAGCCUUUGGUUAAUCGGCCCAGCCCGGCUCACGGCAGGCACCACAGCUAUCGCGGUGGCUAUAAGCGCCUUCGUGGUGGUUCUACCUGAUUAUACUCACUUGAUAGCAAAGCGCAUCGCGCUAGGCCAAAUUGUUCUUGUUUAUGCCAUAGCAUAUAUUAAUGGUGGCCUAACGGAACCUGUUAUGCAUCCUGUUCAUGUUGCUGCUAGUACUGGGCUAGGAAUUGUGGCUUGUGUUUUGGCCUUGAUUUUUCCCUACCCAAGCCUGGCUUGCUGUGAGGUGAAAAAUAAUUGCAAGCUCUUUGCUGAAAAUGCUUCCGAGAGGUUUAACUUGUUUGUGAAGGCAUUUUCUGCUGAAGACAACACUUGUGCACUUGCUUUCAUUUCUCAAGCCAAAUCCUUAGUCAAAACAGGAUCCAAACUUCUCCAGGGCAUUAAAACCAAACAAGAAAGCAUGAAGUGGGAAAGAUUUCCAUUCAAGUUUCUAAGACCAUAUGGAGAGAACCCUGGGAGCAGAUUUCAAGAUCUUCAAACACCUUUAAGAGGGAUGGAAAUUGCCUUGGAUAAUUAUUCUCCUCCAUUUCCUGUUGGAAUUCUUAACUUAGAGCUAAAAUCUGGUGUAGAAAUGUUAGGUGAACGCAUUUUAGAGCAAAUCAAGAACAUGUCCCUUGACAAGUCAACAACUGUGCCAGAGUCAAAUCCAGAAAAUACUCAAAAGUUCUUCCAAACACUUCAUACAAUUCAGCCAACAAAAAAAGACCUUCCCUCUUUAUUCUUUUUAUUUUGCUUGAACCUACUAUUAAACAAACCAAAUGCCAAUUCAAUACCCAAAGAAGUGUCCACUAAUCCCAAGCAACAAGAUCAAGAAGGAUUCUUGAAAAGAACAUGGACCAAUUACUUGUCCGUUACCAAAAAUAACAAAAGGUUUAUGGCAGCUUUCAAAUGCUCACUUUCAUUAGGCCUUUCUAUAUAUUUUGGAUCAAUCUAUAGUAAGGGAAAUGGAUUUUGGGCAGGGCUUCCAGUUGCUAUUAGUCUAGCAGGAUCAAGAGAAGCAACGUUCAAAGUCGCGAAUGUUAAGGCACAAGGGACAGUAUUGGGAACAAUAUAUGGUAUUAUAGGAUGUUUUGUCUUCGAAAAAUAUGUGAAAAUUAGAUUCUUGUCUCUUCUACCAUGGUUCAUUAUCAGCAACUUUUUGAGACAAAGCACAAUGUAUGGCCAAGCUGGCGGGAUUUCAGCAGUUAUUGGGGCAGUACUAAUUCUUGGUAGAAAAGGUUUUGGUCCACCUAGUGAAUUUGCCAUAGCAAGAAUAACUGAGACUUUUAUUGGAUUGUCAUGUUCCAUCAUGGUGGAAAUUUUGUUACACCCCACAAGAGCUUCUACAUUAGCAAAGUUGCAACUUUCCAAGAACUUUGAAAUCUUGCAUGAUUGCAUUGGGUCAAUAAGUUUUGGAUCAUUGGGAAAUUUAGUUGAGAGCAAAAAUAAACUAUUAUCCCAUGUUAAUGAGAUGGGAAAAUUUAUUGUGGAAGCAGAGGCAGAGCCCAAUUUUUGGUUUGUGCCAUUUCAUGGAGUUUGUUAUACUAAGCUAAUGGGAUCAUUAUCAAAAAUGGUGGAGUAUUUACAUUUUGGGUCACAAGCUUUUAUGUUACUUGAACAAGAAUCAGGAGGAAUUGACAAUUUUGUAAACAAGUUAGAUGGUGAUAUCAAGCUUUUCAAAGAUUUUAUUGGCUCUUCAAUGAAAUGUUUUGAGGAGGUCAGUUUGGUCAAAUCACUAGCAAUACUUGACAAGGAAUUUGAGAAGAAGAAACUUUCAGUUGAUGUUGAGUUAGGAACAUCACCAAGUAGUUAUGACAAUAUAAUAAGGUAUGCAAGUGAAGAGGAGAUUGAUGAAAACUUCAGGUCUUAUUUUCAACAUUCAAAAGAGUUUGUGGACCAAAUUGUCGAUGGUGAGGAGUUAACGGGCCAAAUUGUAUUAAGUUUGAGUGCAUUGGCUUUUUGCAUGGAUGGACUUGUGAAGGAAACUAAAGAGAUUGAGAAGGCAAUAAAAGAACUUGUACAGUGGGAAAAUCCUUCAAGCCAUGUUAAUUUGCAUGACAUUUCUUGUAAAGUACGAGCUUUAGCAAAUAUUGUAGCAAAUUAGUGAAAGAUAAUACACUAAUGAUACUUGAAGAUAUCGCAUUUUGUAAUUAUCAAUUGUGAAAAUAAUUGACUCUACUAUUUAUAUGUGGAUACAUAUCUCCAUAUAUGCCAUCUUUACAUGCAUAAUUCUUGUUUGGAAUAAUGAAUGAAAAUAUAUCAAAUUUGUCUUGUAA